CUCUCCUCUCUGUCCCUCUCUCUCUUAUUCAAAACUAGGGUUCUUGAGUAGUCCAUGGAGAGAGAGGAAUGCAGCAGUAGUGAAUCUGGCUGGACCACGUAUAUUUCUUCGCCUAUGGAGGAAGACGAGGAAGAGGUAAGUGAUGAGGUUUAUUAUGAAGGGCAUUGCACUGAAAAAGUUCGAAGAAAAUAUGUCAACGAGUACGAAAAGAACAAAGACAGCGACGAUUCCAUGGCUUCUGAUGCUUCUUCAGGGCCAAGUUAUCACCAAACGACCAAUAGAGGGAGAAGCAGAGAAGGUGUCUUUUUAAGGAAUGGCAAAAGUGAAAGUAAUAGUAAGGGUAAGGGUAAGAGUAAUGAUGAUUAUGAACAUCAAUAUGAUGAUAAGAAUAGUGGUAAUCAUAAAUGUAGGACAAAAGAGAAGAAAAAGGGUGAAAACAAGAGUAGGUCUCUUAGAAAGAAGUGAGUUUUGUGUUGAAGUUGUUUGUACGUAGAUUGGGAUUGGAUUGUUAAUUCCCGUUUUUUGUGUUGGAGGUUAUUGAUGCCUCAAGCAAAAGGUGUAUGAUUAUGUUUAUUUGUUUUUUUCUUGUUCAACAUGAGAUUUAAUAUUUGUAUUC